AAUAUGAAUUUCUUAUUAAUAGGUUUCUUGGGAUAAUCCAGCUAAGGAGGGAAAGAAGGUGAGAAAGUAGCCGCCAAACAAACGUUGUAAUCUCUCGUGAUGAAGAGGUUCACGCUGGUUAGUAGGAGAGGAAGAGCCGUGUCUAGCGGAGGCGGGAGGAAGGCCGAGAACUCGGCAACGACGAUCGCGACUAACGGAAGUAAAGCGAUGGAGAGGCCCCGACCCUAUCCUCCUAGACGACCCGGGGUGUCGGGAGUUCAAAGUUGGCCACUAAAUUGUGGCCCGAGGAGGGACCUCGAAGAGAAUGGCGGCGGAGCUCCACUGGUGAGGGUCAUCGAAGAGGAAGACGAUGAACCGAUUGAGGAGGAGCCAAAAGAGGAAAAACACCCGAGGCUUGAGCGUCAGAAUGCAGACGUUGAUGCGACUAAAGAGGUAAGUGUAAAGGGGGUAAAAUCUCUGACGUAGGUCUUUUAGUUUAUGCUUUUCAUUCAGGUUAUUAUUUAGUUAAUUUUUGAGUAUUGUGCGAUAUGUGUGUGUGGCAUCCCACCGCCUACUUAAGGUGGAGGCACGCAUUGUGCUAUGUAUGAAUGUACGGAUGACAUGCUAAAACACAACACCAAACUGCGACCAAGUGUAAUCGCAGUCCGGAAAUGCAGUAAUAGGCAAGCUCUAAUUGUCAACCUGGGGUCUAGAUCUACUGCCUACUCCGUGUAUAUCUAUUAUCUAGCAAACUAAGUUAAGUGAUUGUUGAUUUAAGUAAGAGCAGUAAGAAAGCAGGAAAUGGUUC